AUGUCGCUACACAUCCCAACGGCCACGAUCGAUGACCUCCGCAAAUUCCACGCGAAGCACUUUCCCGACGCGCCGCUGCCGGAACACUACCUCCACGGAGUAGAAGCAGAGGCUGCCGAAGAGGUCUACGACUACGAAGACGAUGGCCUCGGGUACUAUGAAGACGGCGUGAAGCGCACCCUCACCGACGAGCAAAUCGCCAUGUUCCGACACACAGAGAUCCAGACCAUCCUACGCGAACGCCGACGGCGGCGAGAUGAAGGCGAGCUGACAGACUAUGAGCCAGCACCAGCGCCCGAACCCACAGCGCAAGAGGCUUCAAUAAAGCUUGAACCUGCCGCUCCCGCAAGCCCUUCUUCAGACGAAGGCACGCCCAUGUCGAUAAGCUCCGACACGGAUACGGUGCAGAGCGGACGGGUGGAGAAGCCGCAGCAGCAAUGGACUAAGGUCAGCGCGAAGACUAAGAUGCAGAAGGCGAGGCACAGAAAGAACCAUCGCAAGAAUCAACUGGCGAGGAAGAAAGAAGAGAAGCGGAUGAAAAGGGAGCGUAAGACGGAGGACUCAGAAAGCGAUGAGUGGGAUCCGUGGCAUCAAGCUAAUGGACCCGAUGUGCAGAAGGAUGACACUGUGGAUCUGGACUACUGA